AUGGAUGAUACUGAUGAGCUUGUAGAAAAAUUUACAAAAGCAGCAAAGUAUGCUAAAGAGAUUUGUGCGGAAUUUGACAGUAAUGAACUUCUGGAACUGUAUGGUUACUAUAAACAAGCUACAGAAGGACCUUGCCAAACAUCGAAGCCCAGUUGGUUUGACUUAACAGCUAAACAGAAAUGGGAAUCAUGGAGACGCCUAAAGGAUAUGGACCGUGAGACUGCUAUGAUAAAAUAUGUUAAAAUAAUAUCUGAAGUGGAUCCUGUUUGGGAGGAACGAUUUACAGAAAGACCUGCUGGCAGUGGUGCAGGAUGGGUGGCAGUAAGCUGCAUGACAAAUACUGAUGAGUACUUACCAGACACAGAGAAAACAGUAUUUGACUGGGUGAAAGAAGGUAAUGUUCAGAAGGUCAUUGAUGCCUCUAGGAGCUUCAGUUCACUUGAAAUGAUUAAUAAGCAAGAUGAAGGUGGGAUGGCAUUACUUCAUUGGGCUGCUGACAGAGGAAAUAUGGAAAUGGUAGACUGUCUAGUUGAGAAACUGAAAGCUGAUGUGAAUUUAAAAGAUGCUGAUGGCCAAACUGCUUUGCACUAUGCUGCAGCCUGUGGACAUGUUAACGUUACUAAAUUUUUAGUUCAACAUGGUGGAGACCCCAAUAUUGCUGAUCUUGAUGGGACACUCCCAAAAGAUAUCGCUGCUGACAAUGAAAUAUUGAAGGCUCUGACAAUAGCAAACUGA